AUGUCGAAGCGCACUUCAUACGAACGAUCCGAGCUCGGUCAUCCCUCCACCAAACGCGCCAAGCAGAUUGACGAGGACUUACCUUUCGACAGGCUCACCAAGUUGCUUGAAGCGCAAGAAGAGAAAAAGGAAGUCACAAAGGUAGUCCAUUGGUUCCGUCCCAAGGAUCUCCGCAUUCAUGACAACACUGGUCUCCACCACGCCUCGCACCUCGCCCAGAGCUCUGGGAAACCACUGGUAUGCAUCUAUCUACAUUGCCCUGCAGAAGAGAGCUGGCACGGUACAAGCCCAGCCCGCAUGGACUUCAUGAUAGAAGGCCUGAAAUUGAUGCAAGAGGAGCUCAAAGAGCUGAACAUUCCCCUUGUGUUCUUACAGACAGAAGAGCGGAAGAAUCACAUUCCCACUAUUGCAAAGUUUUUGAAAGAUAACAACGCUUCGCACGUCUUCGCCAACUUUGAGUACGAGGUCGAUGAGAUUCGUCGCGACAUCGGACUCGUGAAGGAAGUCGACAGCAAUGUGCAAGUCUCCAUCUACCACGACCAAACAGUGGUCGAGCCGGGCUCGAUGCUCACAGGUAGCGGUAAGCCGAUGAAGGUCUUCACUCCUUAUCAUCGCGCAUGGCUCGAUAAAGUGAAGGAGGAACCGGGGUUACUGGACACUCAGCCUGCGCCAGCGAAGAAUGCGGCCUCGGCCACCAAAGACCUCAAAUCGCUCUUCGAUUCUAAGCCACCAAAAGUCGGCGAAGACAAGCAAUUCGCUUCAGAUGAAGAUAAGAAGCGUGUCCGCAAACUAUGGCCCGCAGGGCAUGCCGCCGGCCUGAAGCGCAUGACUGCUUUCAUCUCCCAAAUUGACAACUACGCAGCCACUCGCUCGAAUCCCGCUGCAAACAGCACCUCUCGGAUGUCAGCUUAUUUCUCUGCAGGCAUGGUGUCCGUGCGGGAGGCACUAUCCAAGGUCCGCGAGUACAACGAAGGUAGCUCUGACUUCAGCGCCGACAGGGUAUACUCUUGGGUGCGCGAAAUCGUCUUCCGAGAAUUGUAUCGCCAAACACUUAUGACAACACCGCACACGGCUAUGAAUCUCCCCCAGAACUUAAAGUUCGACUUCGUAAAGUGGGAGGACGAUGAGGAAGGAUGGGAAAAGUGGUAUAACGGGACGACAGGCGAGCCGUUUAUUGAUGCUGGAAUGCGACAAUUGAACAGAGAAGCAUACAUGCACAACAGAUUGCGUAUGAAUGUUUCCAGCUAUCUGUAUUGCAACCUGCUCCUCGAUUACCGGAGAGGUGAGCGGUACUUCGCAGAGACGCUAAUUGAUUGGGAUCUCUCAAACAAUACGCAAGGCUGGGAGCCAAGCUACACGGUGUUCAAUCCAGUAUCACAGGCAGAGAAGAACGAUCCUGAUGGAGAGUACAUUAGGAGAUGGGUUCCUGAGCUUAAAGACGUCAAGGGUAAGGCGAUCUUCGCGCCGUACGACCGACUCAGCAAAGAAGAGUUUGAGAAGCUAGGAUAUCCGAAACCGCACGUCGACUGGAAGGAGACAAAGCAGAGAGCCAUUGAACGAUUCAAGUCCGACAUGCGAGAUGCGACGCCUUGA